AACGUGGCUUCUCUCUCUCUCUCUCUCCAUCGCUUCGUUUUUUGGAUUUCGGCGGCGCGUCGUCUCGCUCUCCCGCCGCCGCCGCCGCCGCUUGCACGGCGAAAUCAGCCGCCCGAGGCGCCGGAUUCCUCUGGAUCUGAGGGGCACAGGCGCUUCCGGAGCUCUACUCGCCGGGCUUGUAGCUAAAGAUGACCGAGGGGAAAAAUACUCAGCUUGACCUUGAGACAGAAGGUUCAAGUAGCCCUGCAGCAACACAGAAGAUGAAAGUCAAAAUGGAAGAUUCUGAAAGCAAAAUUGAAUCCCCCACACUGGAGAAGUCUGAAUCUAGAAGGAAUGGGGUCGUUAUCAGUUCACUUGCAAGAAAUUUGCUUGCAGAGAGGUACAAGGACAGAUUUGCUGCUCAGUUGUUGGGGGAUGAGGAUGAAGACGAAACUGAUGAUGAAGAUGAUAGCAGCAGUACUUCGCCAGAUGGUAGUAGUCCAUCUGUUUCAGAAAGUAUUGAUAUCUCUGGCACAUCUCCAAAGGAUAGAUCAAAUGAUCUUCUCGAGAAGCACAAUAAUUUGCUAAAUCUAUUCAAUCGAAUGAUGAGUUCUAUAAGGUUGCUGCACCUACGGAAGAAGAUGACUACAUUUAAGAACAUUGCCACCCAGGUGGAAAUACUCACAAAGAGGGAGUUCUUAUAUACACAUUUAGCCCAAAUGAAGCAUUUAUUUCCAGAAGCAAUCCAGAUAAAGAAAAUACUUUUGCAUGACGAGAAAAGCCUAUGCAUGUAUGCUGACAUGGAAAUUACAAUUCUAAUGGAUACCGUAGAAAGUAGUAGUCCUGAUCAGUCCCUGUCCAUGGCAAUAUGCGAGGCUUUUCACUCAAAGCUUUUGAGUUUUUUGGAUGCUCAUCAUAAGGAUAUUGAUAUUCCUGAGGCCAUGCUACCAGAGCCCUUCAAUUCAAGGGAUAAGCUGCAUCUCAAGGCACCACUUGAUGGACAUUCUGCUGAGCCACUUCUACAGAGUUCUAACAGAAAUGAACUUUUGAAUGCUUCACACUUCCCAUGUUCUUUUCAAAAGCUUAUGUCCCAGAAAAUUAUUGCUGAUGGAACAGAUAGGACUAAGUUGCUUUCUGAUCCGGCAGAACUCAGUAUGCUGAGUGCUGAUGAUACAGAAGGGCCCAAGAGAAGCUCUAACAAGCAAGACCAGCAUGCUUCGAUUCCAUUCAAGACUGAUAUUUCUUCUACUCCAAACCGCCAUUUGAUCUCCAGCUGUCAAGGGAGUACACCAAAGCAAGGGACUUUAUUACAUUCACCCCUGAUGGCUGAAACACCAGCAAUGCAGACACCAAGAAGGCCAUUGCCCACUCAGAUUGAGAAACUUGAAACCACUAGUGGACAAACUUCUGAAGCACGAUCUGCCAGUUCAGCUCGCAGGUCACUAAAAAUGUUUUCACCAUCAAAAAUUCAGGAAUGCUCUUCUGAUCAUGAUGGGGCCAUCCUUACCCUGGAACAUGAGGUUACAGCUGGCAAAUGCCUUUUCCCAGAUGAAACUCACAAUUUUACUAACUCACUGGAGGAAAACAAUCCUGCCAUUUGCUUUGCUGAUGUAGACAAAACCAAAGAAGUCGACCCAGCAGAAUCCCAGGAAAAGAUAGCUUCUUUACAACUCACAUUCGACAUAGUCUGCGAUAUUUCUCGGUCUACCAAGAAUUCACUUAUUACAAAACAGGAACUUUUUCACAAUAUUCUUGCUAACAACUUGGAGAUAGAAGAGACAGGGGAGAUAGAAGAACAGCUGCAUAUUUUGGAGGACCUGUCUCCUGAUUGGAUAUCUAAGAAGGUGAUACCUGGUGGAGAUAUUCUUUACAGCAUUAAAGAAAUAGCAGAUCAGAAAUCAGUUCGUGCAAGACUCGUAGAAGUCAUAUGAGAUACUACUGAUGCUUUCAAGGCCGAAGAAUCAACAAUGUGAUGUGACUACUGAUGUUGUAGGACUUGAUCAGCUGGAUUGCUGAAAUCCCAACUUACCAUCAUGAAAUCCUCUGGAUUGCUCCUUAAUUUCUUCGUCUACUUCCAAACAUUAGCAGAAACAAACGCAGAUUACUCAACAUGUUCUUUUACUGGCACUCGACAUUUGAGUAAUCCUCUGGAUCUCUUUAGUGCUGACAUGGUUUGGAAUUCACACCACCAUAUAAUAGGAUUGAACCAUGCUAUCUGUGAGACUCUGAACAGCCUUGUUAGAUUGCACGAGAGCACAAGUGCUGUGGUUGUUCCCACGAGAAUGCGAUGUUGCAAAUUCGAUCGGUUUGUGUAUGAAUACGAUGUAAUGUAGGUAUGUAGCACAUGCUCGUAUGGUUCUCUGAGUGUACUAUGUUAGUCAUGAGCGAAGUGAGGGAAUUCCUUCAGAUUGGAUCCCUUAGGAGAGAGAGAGAGAAGGUAUUAUGAAAUGUAAUCAGAUCUUUGACGAUCCAGUAUUAGCUAGCAAGUAUAUGGACUCAGACUUUGAUGAUUACCUAGUGUAUGUAUUAGCUUCACCCUUUGAACAUCUCA